GGGGUUCCUGUACGGCCUCCCUUUGCUGCUGUCUCCAUCGCCAAAACCCCGCCAUGUGCCAUUUUUUCCAGUGCUCCUUCACACUGCUGGUGGGUUCCAUUUUGUCAUAGGGUGCUGCGUAUGAGCUCGCCAUAUGCUGCUAGCCUCCACCGCCACACUGUGGCUUCCACACUACUGUUUGUUGUUGGCACCGUGACCUUGGCCGGCAAAUGAGUGAAGUGUGGCGGUUGAUUCUAAGAUCGACCGGCAACUCAUCUGCUGCAUGUUAUCAUAACUGACUGACAGUAUUAUUUCUCUUCCACAAAGACAGACUCCAAGGGGCAAGUGAAAU